GCUAUGUCCCUGCCGGGAAGCAGACGGUCCUCCACUGGCUCUCGAAGGCGCCCCUCUCCCCCCGUCAGCAUGCGGGACACCUACGGCACCUCUUCGCUGAGCAGCAGCAGCAACUCGGGCUCCUGCAAGGGCAGCGACAGCAGCCCCACCCCAAGGCGACCCGUCAAGUACAGUCUGUGCAGCGAUAACCAUGGGAUAAAGCCCCCCACUCCUGAGCAGUACCUGACCCCCCUCCAGCAGAAGGAGGUCUGCAUUAGACACCUGAAGGCCCGGCUGAAGGACACCCAAGAGAGACUCCAGGACAGGGAUACUGAGAUUGAGGAUCUGAAGACCCAGCUCUCGAGGAUGCAGGAGGACUGGAUCGAGGAAGAGUGCCACCGUGUGGAAGCCCAGCUGGCACUCAAGGAGGCCCGGAAAGAGAUCAAACAGCUGAAGCAGGUGAUUGACACCGUGAAGAACAACCUGAUGGAGAAGGACAAAGGCCUACAGAAAUACUUUGUGGACAUCAACAUCCAGAAUAGGAAGCUGGAGACCCUGCUGCACAGCAUGGAGAUAGCACAGAACGGGGCUGUGAAGGAGGAAGGGGCCGGGGAGUCGGCAGGGGGCUCUCCAGCCCGGUCCCUCACCCGCAGCUCCACCUACACCAAGCUGAGUGACCAGGCAGCAGGGGACAGGAACGCUGGGGACUCACAGACCCUGUCAGCUGAGGAGGUGGUGGACAGUGGCUUCGUGGCUGCAGAUGACUCGCUAAGCCGGACGGACUUGCUGGAGCAGAGCAGCCUGCUCUCAUCAGGGGUAGAGUUCUGCACCGAGGAGGGGUCUCUACAGAGCUCCUUCACGCUGGGCUCCAGACUUCCCACCAGCUCCACCUAUGAGAAACUGAUGGGUACGCAAGGCAGCGUGGAGGCUGGAGUGCAGGCGAGCUGCAUGCAGGAGCAGGCCAUCCAAACUGACUUUGUGCAUUACCAGCCGGACCUGGACACUAUCCUGGAAAAGGUCAUGAAGUCCCAGGCUUGCAGCCUGGGCAGCCCCACUUCCGUGUGGGUGUCCGAAAUGGAAGACAUCGUGCCCAGCUCCGAGACUCAGGCCCAGAACUUCUCCGGGACCACAGACUUGAUGGCGACUGAACCCAACUCCGCUGUGGUGGUGACCGCAGGAGAUGGGCCAGAGACUCCGGAGGGGCAAGAGGGCUGCCCGGGACUGGUGACCAUGAACCCUGCUGUGCACCAGCCCUCUAGCACUAGCCAGUCGGUGAGCGUCGUUUGCACCCUGGAGGAAGACGCUGCCGAGCUGAGCCAAGAAGCCACAGUACCGAAAAGCUAUUGGAGCCGCCAUUUCAUUGUGGAUCUCUUGGCCGUGGUGGUGCCGGCGGUGCCCACGGUAGCCUGGCUGUGCCGUACUCAGCGGAGGCAGGGCCAGCCCAUAUACAACAUCAGCUCGCUGCUCCGCGGGUGCUGCACGGUCGCUCUGCACUCCUUACGGAAGAUCAACUGUCGCUCUGUUAGCAACAUGGGAGGUAGCAGCGGCAGCUCCCAGCCAUAA